CUGUAGCUGUGGAGACAGAGAAGACUCUGAGCACUUCUCUCUGCCCUCAGCACCAGCUCAGCUCUGUGGAUCUCCUCAUCUUCCCCAGUUUUGGCUCUUUUGAGAAGAAGUCAUGUCUCGUCAGUCUGUCUGCAGGAGCUUCGGAGUUGGGAGCAGAAGGGGAUUCAGCUCCUGCUCUGCUGUUGGUGGUGGCUUUGGAGGCGGCAGCCGGAGCAGGAUCAGCUACAGCUCAUUCUCCACAUCCAGGGGGAUCGGAGGUGGCGGCGGACACUGCGGAGGAUUCAGCAGCCGGAGCCUCCACAACCUGGGGGGCAGCACAAGGAUUUCCAUGGGCGGCUCUUAUGGCAGUGGCUACGGAUGUAGAAUUGGUGGCUUUGGUGGAGGAUUUCCAGGAGGAUUCGGUGGCAUUGGAGGAGGUGUCAUUGGUGGAGGAAUGGGUGGCUUUUGUGGCCCCAUCAGAGGUGGCCCUGGGUUCCCUGGAGGCAUCCAACCGGUGCAGGUGGACCCAACCCUCCUUCGGCCAGUCCAUGUUGACAUUGACCCUCAGAUCCAGCAAGUGAAGUGCCAGGAGAAGGAGCAGAUCAAGACUCUGAACAACCAAUUUGCCUCCUUCAUUGACAAGGUCCGAUUCCUGGAGCAGCAGAACAAGGUGCUCUCCACCAAGUGGGAGCUGCUCCAGCAGCAAGGGCCGUCGGGGCCAAGGAAGAACCUGGAUGUGAUCUUUGAGAAUUACAUCCAGAACCUGCGGAGGAGGCUGGAGUCUCUGCUGGGGCAGAGGGGCCAGCUGGAAUCAGAGCUGCAGAACAUGAGGCAGUACGUGGAGGAGUUCAAAACCAAGUACGAGGAGGAGAUCAACCGUCGUACGGCUGCUGAGAACGAGUUUGUGGUGCUGAAGAAGGAUGUGGACUGUGCCUACAUGACCAAAGUUGAGCUGGAAGCCAAGGUGGGAGCUCUGACAGACGAAAUCAACUUCCUGAGGUGCAUCUACGAGGAGGAGCUGGCCCAGAUGCAGACCAUCAGCCGGGACCUGUCUGUGGUGGUGUCCAUGGACAACAACCGGCACCUGGACCUGGACAGCAUCAUCGAGGAGGUCCGGCGCCAGUACGAGCAGAUUGCCCAGAACAGCCGGGCUGAGGCCGAGGCCUGGUACCAGAGCCGGUAUGAAGAGCUCCAGAGCACGGCCGGCAGGCACGGGGACAGCCUCCGCAACACCAAGAUUGAGAUCCAGGAGCUGUCCAGGAAUGUCCAGAGGCUGCGGACAGAGAUUGAGAAUGUGAAGAAGCAGAACCAUCAUCUGCAGUCAGCCAUCGCCGAGGCUGAGGAGAGGGGAGAGAUGGCCACCAAGGAUGCCAGGAGGAAGCUGGAAGAACUAGAAUGUGCCCUAAGCAAGGACAAGGAGGAGCUGGCUCGCCUGCUGAAGGAGUACCAGGAGCUGCUGAACAUCAAGAUCGCACUGGACGUUGAGAUUGCCAUGUACAGGAAGCUACUGGAGGGGGAGGAGAACAGGCUCUGCUUAGAUAACCCCUCCAAUGUGAAUGUCUCUGUGGUGGGCAGAACCACCGUGUGCGGAGGCAGAUCUGGCAGCUUCGGAGCCAGCAAUGGCCUGAGUGGAGGAGGAGUGUGCACAGUUGGUGGUGGGAACAUCAUUGGCGGCAGCUGUGGUAUGGGAGGAGGGAUCCUCAGUGGAGGCUUCUCCUCUGGGAGUGGGAGGAUGUGCAGCACUGCAGGUGGCAGCUUCAUGGCCGGGGGGGGCUCCUCCUCUGUGCGGAGAUGCGUCACCACCACGACAGUCAAAUCCUCUGGGGUCAAAUACUGAGCCCUCAUGUCCGUCCUCCCAGGAAAAGCAGCACCUUCCUCUUCCUCCCACCAGCAGCACAUCCCCUUCCAUCCCCAUCGGUAUUCAGAGGAAACAAACUGUGUCUGGGGGAAAUGUCCCCAAAGUGAGGUGGAAAUCCAGACACAUCCCUCUGGCCCAGCCCGGCUCUCACUGAGCCCCACCUGGGUGAAACAUCUCCCUCGUGGGUCCCCAGCCCUGCAGAGCUCUCCAGUGCUGCUGCACCAGCUGAGGAGGAGCCUGUGGAAAACUGCUCUUUCCUGUCACUUUUUAAGGCCUGUGUUUCCCUUGCACCCCUCAUGGGUCCCCCUCAUCCUGCUCCAGCUGUGUCAGGAGCCCACAUGAACAGAAGGAAGGAGAUGAUGCCCCAUAGUCAGAUUUAGGAGUGAGAAACAGGUCUCUGGCGUUGUCCACCUUCCCAGGUGGAGUAAUUUGGCAGCUUUAAUGUUUUACUGAUCCUUUUCCCUCCUCUCCUUCCUGCCUGGAGUGUGUGGCCCUGUUGCCCCCUUCUGUUGCGUGAAUCAGCUGCUUCCUGCCAGUGCCCUGGCCCCAGGGUCUUCAGUACCAAUAAACUGCAGAGAGAUGAA